CCCGUAUAAAAAGUAAAUACAAGAAAAAAAAAUAUAGAGAGGGUGAGAGGGAGAGAAAGAAUUUGAAAUUCAAAAGGGGCGGUCAAGUCAACUCGUUUGAGGCAGUAAGUAAUACUAAUAGUGUGUGAGGUGAGCUAAAGACAGGUUUAUACUAUUAACUCUAUAUUUUUACACUCUUCCAUUUCUAUGGUGGUUUUAGUUAACACAUUUCUCAUAAUAAAUAAUUUCAGACUUAAAACUCACUCAUGAUAAUGACCUCCAAUGGCGAUUCCAACACUUACGAAGAGGUUCGCAAGCAACGCCUUGAGGAAAACAAGAAGAGAUUUGAGGAUUUGGGUAUUGCAAAGAUCACAAAAAGUUUAUCUGACCUUACAAAUUCUGAGAAGAAGUCCCCGCAACGACAUCUUUCAAAACCCAGAUCGAAGAUUUGUAACUCUGUGGAGCCUAGACGGUCCUCCCGGUCACGCAACCCAGUUCAAUCAUAUUGUGAUGAGGUUUAUGUAGAGCUUCCGUCUUCACGGAAGAGAUCAAGAUCAAAUCCAUCAUCCUGGGCAAGCUAUCUUGCGAGGCCAUUAGACGAAGUCAUAAUAGCUUCUUAUGAAGAAAGGAAUGCUGCUUUUAAAGCUGCAGAGGAACUAGAAAGCAGUUUGAAGUCUGAGAAUCCAACUUUUGUCAAAUCAAUGGUUCGAUCUCAUGUCUAUAGUUGCUUUUGGUUGGGCCUCCCUUCUAAGUUCUGUGAGAAUUAUCUUCCAAAAUCAAUUGUGGAUAUGGAAUUAGAGGAUGAAGAUGGAAAAGAAUUUGAUGCCAUCUACAUUGGCAAAAGAUCUGGCUUAAGUGGGGGUUGGAGAGCAUUUGCUUUGGAGCAUAAGUUGAAUGAUGGUGAUGCCUGUGUGUUUGAGCUGGUUGAACCUACUAGAUUUAAGAUCUACAUAGUUAGAGUGUCCCUGGUUUCAAGUAAGCAAAUUAAAGAGAAUAGUAGUAACGGGGCCAAAGAGAAAUCAACGGGGAAGAUGAAGAAGGAUAGCUCAAAAUCGAAACAGACAAAGAAGUUGAAAAAAUUAGAAGAGCUCCCAACAAAGUGCAUGAUAGAUGAUGAAGAGGAACAGGGUGUAAGCCCAAAUAAGAGGAAUGGGUGUGUUUCAAAGAGUGUGAAGAAGGAAGUUGAAUCAGAGAAAGCCAGUGAAACAAAUGAUGAUGAUGCUGCUGCUUUGGGUCAGGAGAGUGCAAAAUGUUCCUUUAGGAGAUCUAAGAGGAAACUUACCCCAAAGUCUUCUCGUCAUAGCUUAAUUUAGAAUGCAGAACCUCAAAUCCAUUACUAAAUUAAGAAUGAGUCUGACCAGUUUUUGCUUGUUAGGAAUUUGACUAUCAUAUAUUUUUCUUGGGAGUUUUUGCCUGUUAGGGAUUUGACUAUCAUGUAUUUUCCCAAGCUGCCGGAUUAACAUUAUAUCUUACAAACGAGUGUAACAAUGUGUCACACUUCAUAUAUUCAAUAUUAAACACCUUAAGAUUCUACAAA